CCAGAGGGGUUGAGGUGUAAUUAACUCUUAUUCUUCAUUAAUUCCGACAAAACAUACCACCCUCUUUCUUUUCCUUCCGACUUGCGAGCCGACCGAUCAUUUCACCACACCACAAUGUUCCGCCGUGUCGCCGUCCGCCUACUUUCUCACCUCCGCCCCUUUUCCUCUUCCGAGGUUCCGACUGAGCCGGUGGCGGAUGACUUGUUUAUGGCAGCUUGGAGGCGAAUUGUGCCCAACCUAGACCCUCCCAGAACCCCAUUGGCCUUCAUGCGGCCGCGGCCUUCCACCGCUUCUGCGGCGUCCACUCCCUCCAAGCUCACUAUCAACUUGGUCUCUCACUAUUCUUCCGCACUGUCCAAUAAACAGGUUGACAUGGUUAUAGUACCUGCCACCACCGGGCAGAUGGGUAUUCUCCCUGGACAUGUAGCAUCAAUAUCAGAACUAAAAGCUGGCCUACUUUCCAUACACGAGGGGGACGAAGUGACAAAGUACUUCAUUAGCAGUGGUUUUGUGUUCGUCCAUUCAAAUUCCGUUACUGAUAUAAUCGCCAUUGAGGCUGUUCCAAUUGAACAAGUCGACCCAGAUUCUGUCCAAAAGUACUUCAAAGAAUUCACUCAAAAGCUGAGCGCAGCCUCAACCGAUCUGGAGAAAGCUGAAGCGCAAAUUGGGUUGGACGUUCUAAGUACUUUACAUUCUUCUCUUUCUGGAUAGUCCAUUUGGUAUCAAUUCUCUGAUAUUCACUUAUUAGCUGACAUUUUGUUACUCUGGAGAUGCUAAUAUCAAUUAGCUCUGUCGACAAUUGGAAGUCUUCACUAUCUCCUUUUUGUAUAGUGCUGUUUUAGGUUCGAAACUAUUAGUCAUCGUUUAUUAGGUUGACAUAUAUGCUUCUCUGUAAAUUCUAGUAGAACCAUUCUGGAGAAACCUAUGGACUCAGGCCUCCUUUGGUCCUAAAUCUUCCCAGUAUUUAGGACUUCAUUUAGUAUUGUUUUCUCUUGUAAAUAUGCAUCGUAGCGUCCUUGCAGUUUAUUUAUGAUACGUUUCCAUGUCCUGGGAAGCUGGUUUUGUUUCUA